AUGGUUAAUUCUGAGAACAAGAAAAAUUCAGAAGCAAUAAAUGAUGCAUUUUUUUGUAAAUAUAUUAUAACAGAAUUACAGAAUUUAAUAGAAAAUUAUAAAAAGAAAAUCAAAAAAGUUCUUUGGUUCGAAUACUUAUAUAAAACAGAAGGAUUUAUAAUAUCUAUUUUUCUUAUUCCUUUAUUUAUAGGAAAGCUACUAUUAAAAGAUAAUAAUAUUAUUAGUACUAAUUAUUUAAUUUCAUUAUUUAUAUUAAUAUCAUUAUUAUUAUUGUUGUUUACUAUUACUUAUUAUGAAACAAAGAAAGCUCAAAAUAAUCAAUUUAUAAACAAAAUUAAUGAAGGUAUAAAAUAUUUAUCAAUUAGCAAUUUCACUAAAAAUAAAAAGGGAGAUUUUCCUUUUACUUAUUUUCCAAAUUCUAAUUUCAUUUUUAUUUUAAGAAACAAAAAAUGGGAGUUGCUACCAACAAACCUACUUAUAAAACAGGAUAUAUUUUUAUUACGAUCUGGUGAUCUAAUCCCAUGUCAUUGUGCAGAAUAUAAUAUUAAUGAAAAUGUAUAUGGUAGAGAAUAUGAAAAGAAUGAAUUAUUUAUGCCUAUUAACAAAAAUAAAAUUAGUAUUAACUUAUUAACAAAAUAUCCAAAGGAAGAGAAGAGAGAAUAUCUACCAUCUUUUCAUCUUUAUUCUUUUAUAUCAUAUGAUAAUGUAUCUAUAUCUAUUAUUAAAAAAUAUAUUGAAGAUAAUGUAGUAUAUAAUAAAAGAUUAAAAAAUAAAAAAAAUUUAAGGAAUAUUAUUUUAACUGAAAGAAUACAUCUAUUUUAUAUUUAUAUAUGGAUAACCCUUUUUUCAAUUUCCAGUAUUUUAUCAGUCAUAUAUUUUUUAGAUAUUAAUAAGGAUAUAGAUAUACCUCAUUUUGUUAUUAUUUAUUUUUUAAUUUACAAUGUACUAAUGUCUGUUACUUUAUUGCCAUUUAUUCAUAGAAUAUUUUCAGAAUUAAUAUAUGGUUAUUGCUCUUCCUUAAAUAUGAUAUAUGAAAAUUAUUUUAAGGAUAAACAAUAUGAGAAGACAACAUUUUCUUCGUCUUAUGAUUUUUCAUCAACAACUGAUGAUAGUUCUUAUGUUAAUAAAAAAAAAAUUGGUUUAUUUUACAAUUUAAAAAGCAACUUUUUGUUAAUCAUUAAGGGAAUAAAGGUAGAUAAACGCCAUUUGAAUAUUUUAAGCGAUUGCUCAGUUCUAUGUUUUUUAGAUAGCAGUGGGAUUAUAGUAAAUACUAAUCAUAGCAUUAAAGAAAUUUGUAUAUAUAAUUAUUUAAAUAAUAAAAAUGACUUUAAUUUAAAUAAAAAUAUAAAAAGUAUACAGAACAAUUAUAAUUAUAUUUUGACGAUAAUUGAUAUAUUCAUGGAUAAUAAAAGUAUGUACGCUUAUCAAAGAAUUCAGAAUAUUAAAAUUUUACAUUCCUUAUUUUUAAUAUCAUACUAUACUCAGAUUCCUAAAUAUUUAAAGUUGCUAGAUGAAUUUCAAAAUAAUAUAUUAAAUUAUAUGAAUCAAAGUGAUUAUAGUUAUUUGUACAUAUGCUUAUGUGACAUUGGGAAUAUUUCUUUUUCAUAUAAUAAAUUUACAUUUCAGAAGUUAUUUUUUUGCAUAGAAAAUAAAAGUGACUAUGAAUUAUAUAAGAGAAAAUAUAUUGAAUUAAAAAAAUAUAAAAAAUCCAUAAUUUCUGAAGAUGAUAUACCAUAUCAUGUAAAAGAUAACAAUGAAGGAGAAAAUUUAAUAGGAAUCAAUAUAUAUGACAAUUUGACAACUAGAGACAACUUUGUAUUUAUUUUUAUUUUAUAUGAAAAAAAGAAGGAUAAAUAUCAUAUGUUUUUAAAGGGUCAGUUAGAAGCUUUAGUUAGUAAAUGUAUGUUUUAUUAUGAUGGCAAAGUAAUAAAAAAAUUAAAAAGGAGAAAAAAAAAAGAAUUAAGAAUUUUAAAUAUGCAGUGGAUUUCUUCGGGUAUAGAAAGUAUUUGUUUCGCUUAUCGACCUUUAAGUUUCCAAGAAGUUAAAUAUUUAAAACAAUAUUUUCGCAAAAACAUUUAUAUAAUAACAAUAAACAAAAAAAAGGUUUAUAAUAUAAAAAAUUUCUAUAAUGAAGAAUCAUUUCCUUUAAAAGAAAAUGAAAAAUUUCUUUCUCAUUUAUUAUCAACUACUAUAUUUAUUGGAAAUUCGGCAGUUAAACUUUUAACUAACAAUGAAAUUCAAUCUAGAAUAAAUGAUUUUUAUGAGGCAGGUAUUAGAUUUGUAUAUUUCAGUAAAAGUGAUGAAAUUAAUACAAGAAAUAUAGCAAAUUUACUAGGUAUGGAGACAAACUGGAAUACAUCCAUUUCUUUAAGUUUUAAUGAUAAACCUAGUUUUAAAAAUAGAGAUGGAAAAGUUGUUAUUCCUAGUGGAAUAAAUAAUAUAAAAAGACAUAUAGAAGAAGUUGAUGAUAUUCCAUUACGUGUUUCACUAUAUUCUGGUUGCAACAAAUUUAAUACAGCUGAAAUGAUAAAAAUUUUACUUAAAAAUAAUGAAAUUAUAACAUGUGUUGGUAAUAGCUUGAAUUGCAGUAAUUUUGAUAUAUAUAAUUUAUGCGAUUAUUCCAUCUCAAUAUUAUUACCUUUUAAUAAUAUUUGCAAAGAUUGCUACGGAAAAAAAGAAAAAAGUAAUCCUUUUGAAGAUUUUUCAUCAAAAAAAAAUCCUUUAUUGUCAUAUUCUUCUUUCAUAAAUAGCUUCCCUUGCAAUUUAAUUAUUGAAAAAAAUAAUUUAGAUUUGUCUCAAAACACAGUCGAAUUAGUUUAUAAAUUAUUAAAAAGCUCAAGAAUUUACAAAAAAAACGUAUCAUUAAUGAUGUUUUAUUUUUACUUUUAUUAUUCCUAUUUAUCUUUUUUAGUAUUUAUGAUUUUGGUUUUUUUUUUGCCACCAUUUAUCUCGGUGGUGGAUUACUUAUUAUUCAUUCUCUUAAUAAUACCUAUAUUGUCGAUAUGCCUCUUAAGUAAUAACAACAAUUCAACUAUAAUGAAUGAUAUCCCAGAUAAAGUUAUUACAAAAGAGUUUUUAAUUAAAAAAUUAAUUUUUUUUUUAAUUAAGUGGGUACCCAUGCUAAUAUACUCAAGUAUUUUAUCGUCAUAUUAUCUACAUUUGAUAAAUAGAAGUUUUACAAAAAAAUACAUAAUAGAAAAUAAAUUAAUUAUACAAGAAUUAAGUAAUAAUUUUAAAAAAAAUUUCAAAGAAGAUAUAGUUUAUCACUGUCUUCAGAAUAUGUCUAUAAGAUCUUUUUAUAAAUGUCAUAUGUUAAUUUAUAUACUUUAUGAAAAAUUGAAUUUUAAUAUGCGUAAUAUGGCUGAUGUAAUGAUUAAACAAUCACAAAUUUUUUUUUUUUUUCAUUUUUCUCUUUUUUUUUUUGUGUCAUCCUUGUCUUAUAGCGAUAGAUAUGAAUCAAUAUUUAAGUUGUCCUGUAUACAAAAUUCUAAAAAUUAUUUUUUGUGUUUAUUUGUUUUUCUUAUUUUAAGUUUUAUAAAUGUAGCAAUUCGUAUAAUUAUAUUGCCUUCUUAUUAUAUUAAGCAGUACCCUGAUACAGCAUUAAUUUUCUUAAUGAUCAUUUUUAAUUUAUUAAUAUUAAUAACAAAUGAAAUAUUAAAAAAAGUUGAAGAAAAAAUAAAAAUAAACAGACAGAAAUAUUUAAAAGUUUUAUUUGGUACUCGUUUAGGUAUGUGGAGUCCUAAAUAA